AUGAAGCAAAAUAUAAUCAUGAUGAAGGGUCCCAAAGGGAUCAGUAACUUAUUCCUGGAAUUCUUGCCAUGUAAUCAUGGCAUCACAAAAGCCCCAGAAUCCAAUGUUUUCACAUUCUAUGCAAAGCUAGAGAAAGGGUACAAAAUGGCCUGCUCAAUAGAAGUGCAAAAGGCCUUCUUUUUGUCCUCCAUAGCAACUUUCUUAGUUGGACUGGUCAUUUUAUACAUAGGCAGGCAAGUAAGGAUUCUGUCCAGAAAAUAUGACUUCUUCAGGUGGCUGUCACCAUCGAAUAGAUUAAAAAUCAGUCGUUCGAAGAUGUACAAAUUUCAUGUGAUCUUUCAUGAGCGUAUCGACAUGUUGAUCUCAGGGCAGACCUUUGUGGGUCGUUUACUGAUGAUCCUUGUCUUUCUACUGAGCAUUGCAUCCCUUGUAAUCUAUUUCAUCAGCUCAUCAAAUCCUGGGUCAAGCUGCUCAUCAACAGAUACCAAUAUUCUUCUUGUUGAUUUGGCCUUCAACGUUUUCUUUGCCUUUUAUUUUGGGUUGCGGUUUUUGGCCUCUGGUGACAAGAUCAAGUUUUGGUUGGAGUUGAACUCUGUGGUUGAUAUCUUGACUAUUCCACCAACUUUUAUUUCCUUUUAUCUGAAUAUUAAUUGGUUAGGUUUAAGGUUCCUGAGAUCUUUCAAAUUGCUAGAGCUCCCUAUAGUAUUACAAUAUCUACGAAUCAUCAGGUCUGGUAGUUCAGCGAAGUUUUACAAAAUUGUGUCUUUAAUUUCCUGCACUUGGCUUACUGCUGCAGGAUUCCUUCACCUAGUGGAAAAUACAGGUGAUCCUUGGCUCAAAGGUAGAAAUUCCCAUAUAUUGUCUUAUUUUGAUGCCUUUUACCUUGUCAUGGCAACAACAUCAACUGUUGGCUUUGGAGACGUGGUAGCCAGGACAACCCUAGGACGAGCCUUCAUCAUGUUCUUCAUCCUUCUGAGUUUGAUACUAUUUGCAAAUUAUGUUCCUAAACUUGUGGAAACCUUAACAGGAGGCCAAAAAUAUGCCACAUCCUAUAAAGUGAUCAGAGGAAGAAGAUUCAUUGUGGUCUGUGGAGACAUCAGUGUGGAUACUGUAACAUCUUUCCUAAAAAAUUUCCUCGGCCACAGAUCAAGGGAAAAUAAUAAUGAGAUCAUUUUCCUGGGAGAAUCCCUUCCUUCUCCAGAGCUAGAAAUAAUUUUUAAGCUCUAUUUGGCUUAUGCUCAUUUUUACCAUGGAUCAGCAUUGAAAAGGGAAGAUUUGAGGAGAGUUGCGGUGGAAUCUUCGGAAGCCUGCCUGAUUUUAGCCAACCCUUCGUGCACUGAUUCACAUAUGGAAGACACUGCUAACAUAAUGAGGGUGCUCUCUAUCAAGAACUAUUACCCAAAGACCAGAGUCAUCAUACAGAUAAUUCAACCCCAAAACAAGGAUUACCUGCUAAAGAUUCCCCACUGGAACAGGACUUCUGGAGACAACAUCAUCUGCUUUGCUGAACUGAAGCUAGGAUUAAUUGCUCAGGGCUGUUUGGUUCCAGGUUUAGCAACUUUUCUAAUUUCCCUUUUUAUGGAACAAACUGGAAAGGCAAUCCCCAAACAUCCCUGGCAGGAGCUUCUUGUAGAUGGCCUGAGCAACAAAAUCUUCACUCACUUCCUCUCUUGUGAUUUUGAAGGAAUGAGUUUUCGUGAAGUUUCCCGACUCUGUUUUGUGAAGCUUCGCCUCAUGCUCAUAGCCAUUGAAUACAAAACGAAGGAGAAUGGAUUCAGAAGCUUAAUGCUAAAUCCACCGGAAAUGAUUAAAGUAAAUAGGAACACCAUUGGAUAUUUUAUUGCUAAAUCUCUACAUGAAGUCAAAAGAGCCUUUUUGUACUGUGUGAACUGCCAUAGCGAUGUAAGUUCCCCAGAGAUCAUUGGACACUGUGCCUGCAGAUCCAAGAAGGAACAGAAAAGUCACUCAAGCAUAUCUCCUGGCAAUAUGAGACAUUUUCACAAUAAAAGGAACAACGAAAUCAACAUAUUUGAUUCUACAAAAAUACUGUCUAAACAGACUACCCUCACACCAGACUUCAUCAUGAGGGAUGCAAUUGCUUAUGACAGAGAUAUGAAGAAUGACCUUUUUGAUAGUAGUGGCUUGUUCCAUUGGUGUACACCCAUCCUUCUGGAAAAUGCAAUUCUGAAACAAGGUGACAAUACCAAGACAGGAUUGCAGAACCAUAUUAUUGCCUGUGUCUUUGGAGAUUCUCAUUCACCCCUGGUGGGGCUUCGGAACUUUGUGAUGCCCUUAAGAUCAAGUAACUAUACCUUCAAAGAGCUGAAGGAUAUUGUGUUCAUUGGGUCUCUGGAUUACCUGAAAAGAGAAUGGCAGUUUCUGAAAAAUUUUCCCAAGAUCUACCUGUUCCCAGGAUCUGCUCACUCUCAGGGAGAUCUCAAGUCAGUCAACAUUGAAAAAUGUUCAAUGUGUGUUAUCCUGUCCUCCCCUUCUGAGCUGUCAAGCAACCAGAGGACGGUUGAUGGAGAGGCCAUCUUGGCUACUCUCAACAUUGGAUCCCUUCAUUUGGAAACUAAUAUGACGUUAAACACAAAUUUGCUAGAAAAGUGUGCCAGACUUUCCUCAUAUUCCAGUCCAUUUCAAGGAAAUUUUAGACGGAUUCCCAUCCUUAUUGAACUGAAAAAUGCUUCCAACAUUCAAUUUAUUGAUCAGCUCUGUGGAAUGAACCCUGACCUCCCAGAAGCAAACCUAUAUUUCAGUACCUCCUUCUCUACAGGUGCUGUCUUUUCAUGUGACUUUUUAGAAUCCCUCUUUGCCACGGCUUUCUAUAACUAUCAUGUCCUAGAAUUACUCCAAAUGCUAGUGACAGGUGGAGUGAGUUAUGAAAUGGAGCCAUAUGUGGGAAAUGAGAAUGCUGCCUUCUCUGAAAGCUGCUUUUCAGUGUUGAUUACAAGAGGCCGGUGUAAGCUGGGUCUUCUCUCCUUGAACCAAACAAUGUUAUUGGACCUUCCUGCUAGGGAUACUUUUGGAGAGGUGUUCUGUGCAUCACUGGACAAUUUUGGAAUCCUGUGCCUUGGCCUAUAUCGUCUGAUAGAUGAUGAAUCCAGAAAUCCACUACAUAAAAGGUUUGUGAUUGCUCGGCCAGACAAUGAUUUUAAACUACAACCUACAGACUUUUUGUUUUGUGCCAUUCCAUUCAACGUUGCUAAUUACAAUCAACCAGUGGCAGAUUUUCACAAUUUAAAAACAAUGACACUAACUCCAAAUUUAUCAAAACAAGAGUCUCCUAAACAUAGGUUAACCAGUGAUUCACCACCUUCACUUUUAAAAUUAGUGGAAAAACCAUCAGCACCCAUCCAUUCAUUUUCUCCAAGACAUACAUCAACAGUUAGUGGUGGGAUCAGGAUACAAAAUUUUAAAGACAUAAAGAAAGUAGAAGUAAAGAAAGAAGGCAUAGGAGGGGGAGAAAUGGGGGAUGGAGGAAGCAAAAAAAGUUUCACUAGAGGAAUAGGACUAGAAACGAAAAGAGAAUCAGAUGAUGAUGAAACACAAGUGCAAGUUGCAUCCUCUUAUAAUAAGCCUUCAAUAUUCAGGAUUUCAAUGCUUGGUAAAACAUUAUUCCCAUAA